AUGUCCUGUGAUAGUGGAGAAACUGUUGGGUACCCCAUGGACAACCGCUGUGGAGAGGAGCAAGGCUCCACUUUUCGGCUGAGCAGUCUGAAUGGGAAUAGGAAAUCUGCGGCAUUGCUGGAAGCCAGGGGGAACUUAAGCAGCAUGCAGUAUUCUUCUGUGGCCCUGGAUCCAGAAACCUCCGUGAAUAACGGCUCCAGGAUUCCCCGGAAGCCCGAGGAAGGCACAAAGGCUGCAGCCUUGGCGGAAGGUGAGGCCAGCAGGGCCCGCACCGUGGAGUGUUUCCGUGGCCGCUAUUUAACUAAAACCAGCACUCAGGGAGACGUCUACAACUUCCUGGAGAGGCCCAGUGGAUGGAAGUGUUUUAUCUAUCAUUUCGCUGUAUUUCUCUUGGUGCUGAUAUGUUUAAUAUUCAGUGUACUGUCUACUAUAGAGCAUUAUUCUGAAUUUGCCACUGGAACCCUUUUCUGGAUGGAAAUAGUACUGGUUGUGUUUUUUGGUGCUGAAUAUUUGGUCCGGUUGUGGUCUGCAGGCUGCAGGAGUAAAUAUGUUGGCUUCCAGGGAAGAAUCCGGUUUGCCAGAAAGCCAAUAUCGAUCAUAGAUCUCAUUGUGGUAGUAGCCUCAAUUAUUGUUCUGAGCAUAGGAUCUAAUGGACAGGUGUUUGCUACCUCUGCAAUAAGGGGCAUCCGAUUUCUCCAGAUACUUCGCAUGCUCCACGUGGAUCGACAGGGAGGCACCUGGAGACUUUUGGGAUCAGUUGUUUUCAUCCAUCGUCAGGAACUCAUAACCACGUUGUACAUUGGAUUCUUGGGGUUAAUUUUUUCAUCCUAUUUUGUUUAUCUUGCUGAGAAGGAUGCAGUUGAUGAAGAUGGAAAGACAGGUUUCUCCAGCUAUGCUGAUGCCCUUUGGUGGGGUGUGGUAACUGUCACGACAAUUGGUUAUGGAGACAAAGUUCCCCAGACGUGGAUUGGGAAGACAAUAGCUUCCUGUUUUUCAGUAUUUGCUAUCUCUUUCUUUGCUCUGCCAGCGGGUAUUUUGGGGUCCGGUUUUGCCCUGAAAGUACAGCAAAAGCAACGUCAGAAGCAUUUCAACAGACAAAUCCCAGCUGCAGCUUCCCUAAUUCAGACCCUGUGGCGGUGCUAUGCAGCAGAGAAAUCCUGCAGUUCCACCGCGACGUGGAAGAUCUACGUUACACCCCCAGCGCAAAAUCCCAAAAAGUCAGCAGCGCCAUCUAGCCCCAGUCUGAGAAAACAGGCUAGAAGAUACAAAAGAAAAGGAAAGCUGGGAUGUGGUAAUGGUUCUGCACCUGCAAUAAACCCGGGAGAAAACUCCUUGUCUGUUCCACAGAUCACUUAUGAUCAUGUUGAUGAACAAGAGCACAAAAAAGAUGUAUCUUUCUACAUUGAUGAACCUAGAGGGAAAGGACGUUUAGAAGGGAACACCCAAGACAUGUCACGGGCCAACAGUUUCACUGAUGACAUUGACCUUGUAUCGGAAGAGUCGCCCCUGCCAGCGGUAUCUGAUGUGACGCAGUUAACUGAAGCACAUCGAACAGCUGUAAAAGUCAUCAGGAGAAUGCAGUAUUUUGUAGCCAGAAGAAAAUUUCAGCAAGCUCGGAAACCGUACGACGUACGCGACGUGAUCGAACAGUACUCACAAGGACACCUCAAUAUGAUGGUUCGGAUAAAAGAACUUCAAAGAAGGUUGGACCAAUCCUUGGGAAAGCCAGGUCUUUUUCUCCCAGAAAAAGGGGUAGACAAAGGAUACUAUAGCAUAGGAGCCAGACUGAUCCGGCUAGAGGAUAAGGUCAUGCAGAUGGACCAGAAGCUAGAUGACAUCCUGAACACACUCCAGGCUCAGCUGGGGGAUCAGCCACAGGCACAGAUGCCAGGGCCAGCAACCCCACCUGUCAGACAUCUACAGACAACCUCAGAUUCCCCCCCAGUAAACCGGAAAAUUUGAAAGCUGGUGCAGAGCCACGUGUCACCCUCUCAUUCUUUUACAUCCAGCUAUUUUUAAGUCUUGGUGUCUUCGGCUGUGUCAUCAGUGAAAUGAAAUAGUCUGCUGUAGUAGAUUAAAUUAAAAAACAAAACAAAACAAAACAAAACAAAAAACCCGAAGAAACGGCAAGAAGCCAGUCACAACCUUAGGAGAGCACAAAGUUUUGCACCUGUUUUAUUAGCCGUCGUUAGCUAACCUCUGCCAGCCCAGGGCAGUCCCAUCCAGAUAGGCUGAGCACACAAGCACAGGGCACCGCUGUCGAGGUAGGCAUCCCAGGGAGGGUUAGGAUGACCCGUUUGUGGGCAUGGAAGGGGAAAAGAACUGUUCUUUUGGCAUUUAAUCACUAAGUUUAAUGCUCACAGCAUGCCCGAAAGGGGGAAAAGAGCCAGCAUUUGAACAUGAAACAAAUGGAAAUCAGUGAACGGGAAAAUUAAACAGCAUGUUUUGACUUCUACCAAGCAGUGAGGAUCAUAAGAAGGGCAGAUUUAUAUGCUAGUGUGAAUGACAAAGUAAAGACAACAGGCUACUGAUUAAAAAUAUGGAAGUGUACACAGGCUGGUUGACAUAUGAAAGACUGAAGCAAAGACUUCAGCUAAUUAAAGUAAAGGGUUGCAAAUGAGAUGAGAUGCGUGUUGAAACAGACAGGCAAGAGAGAUAGUAUCUGCGUAGGCUUACUGCACAAGAACACUGUAAUAGCUAUCAGCUAUGCUGAUGACUGUUAUGCAAAAUGUUCUCAAGCUUUUACCUUUAUUCAGCAGAGGUUGUUGACUUCAGUUGCCUUAAUUUUAACAUAAGAAACCUGUAUGGUAAUUGGCUGUGAACUAUCUGUAAAGCUGGGUUCAAGCCACAGAGUAGCGGGGUGCUGCGGGAGGGCUGCAGCUGUGAUUGAGAAUGGCAGGGUUUCUUAAAGAAAACAGAAAUGCACAGCCUGUUGAUGAAAGUUAAUCGCUGUUUAAAUAAACUGCUGUAUAUAAUUU